GCCGAAAAUUUUGGCUCGGCUUGUUUCUCUGAUUUGAAGCGGGAAAUUUAAUUUGCAUUUUGACAUUUUAUAAAAGAAAGAAAACAAUGUAAAUUAAUAUAAAUUUACUUUUGAAGAAAAGAUAUUCGUUGCACAAAAUUUAAUUCACAAAUAAAUAAAAAUGAUGAGCAAAACGCAGAGUAAUAAUGAAAAUGGAAUACAAAAUAUGAGACAACUAACUAAUAAAAAUGGCGACUCAUGCAGGAAGCAUCAGAUAAAGAAGCAAGUUUUCGGUGAAAUUAAAAAUGUUAUUCAUAAUCAGGGUAAUGCUACGCCUUUAAAGCAAGAUGCUCUAAUAAAUAAGUGCUCGUCCUCCAAGUAUUUGGCCAAUAACAAUGUUCAAAGUAAACGGUACAUCAAAAAUGAAUCUAAAAGCACAACUAACUAUAAAUAUCAAAAGGCAAACUUUUUAUGGAACAACGUACUUGACGAAAAUUUUCUUGAUUAUUUUGAUUUUAGAGGACAAUGCUGUUCAAAACCUUAUAAAAGUGAUCAACAAAUUUGGUCUGAAAUGAAUUUAUAUGACGAUUCCUUUUUGAAUAAACUAAUUGAUAACGAUCAACGGCUGCCCCAAGAAGAAGAUCUUAUUUCUGAAGUUUCUAAUAAUAGCGUAAAAGACAGUGAUCAAGAGUUUCAUGAUGAAUUAAAUAAUGAAUUUAAUCAGAACUAUUGGCCCGAUAAAAAUGAUUUUAAAGGACAAUGUGAUAUUCAUUUAUAUUUAGAAAAACCACUUCUAGUUGGUGAUUUUACAUUUUAAAUUAGUAAUUAAUAGUUUGCAUUUUAUAUUAUUAUUAAAA